AAAGCCUCGACUACCAUCAGUUCCUCAGCUGACUCGUUGAUUGUCAGUCUUCGCUCAGCAGAAAAAAAAUGAAAUUCACGAUUUCUUUUGUUCUUCUCCUAUUGGCUCUGGCCGUUUCUGCUGAGGAAUUGAAACCAACGGAAGUUGCUUCCGACCAGGACGCUCAAGAAUGGCAUGGACGGCGCUAUUACGGUCAUCAUUAUUAUUACCCUUAUGGUUACAACGUUUACGACUACUAUCGCGCACUUACGGACACUGGCGCGGCCGUCGAUCGGCGGAAACUGACGUUGUUGAUCAGAAAACGGAAGAAACUCGCCACUCCGGUUGGGGAUACCAUCGCGGGUAUUACGGUCACGGUGGUUAUGCUUAUUACCGGCCUUAUUCUUAUUACAGCCGGCCAUCGGUUUCCUAUUCGUAUCGAUACUAUCACUGAAUGUUCUUCUAGUGAACAGCUUUACUACCGCUUUUGUUAUCCUGGAAUUCAGCAAAUCCUUUGGAAUGAUACUCUUUCGUUGCCAAUAAAAAAGCACCAAUUUUUUCGCAAUGAUAUGAAUUGUUUUUGAUAAAGAGAACCCUUUGUUUGGCAACAGCUGGGAUGGACUUAAUUUAGGUUAUACUUUAUCGCACAGAUAAUGAAAAUGUCUCAAAAUAUCUCGUUUGAUUAAAAAAAAAGAAACAGUAACCAGUU